UCAGUUUGUUUGCAAUUCUGAAUUCUUAUUCUGUUGAGGUUAGGUUAUGUUGUGUUAGGUUAGGAGUAUUUGGUCUGUGUAUAUGUUUCAGGCUGUGUUAAUUUUUAUGAAACAUUAGAAAGUACUAGAUUUGACCCUAUUUUUCUAACGAAAGUGUGACAGUUUUAAAUAUGAAAACUAAGUCUAAAGUUAAAUUUCAAAAUAAAAUGAAAGGUCAGAAUGUUCCCAAAAAACUUAAUCCAUUUGAAGUUCAUGUAAAUCGUUCUAAACAUCAAGUACUUGGAAGAAAACUUAAAAGUGACCAUGGUAUGCCUGGAAUUUCUAAGAACAAAGCAAUACAAAAGAGAAAGAAGACAUUACUCCAGGAAUACAAAAUGAAAGACAAGUUCAAUCAAUUUAUUGAUCAGAGAAUCGGAAGCAACAACAAGGGUAUGACAGAGGAUGAUCGGAUCAUGGCCCGAUUUGCUGCUGAAAGGAUGAAAAUGUUUAAUAAGAAAAUGAAGUUCAAUCUAUCUGAUCCAGAAGUGUUGACACAUCGAGGACAAACGUUAAGUGAAAUUGAGAGGUUUGAUGACAUCAGAAGUGAUGAUGAUGACGACGACGAUCGAGGAAAAAGUGGUGCAUUGAAAGGAAAGUUUGUAGGGGAAGCGCAUUUUGGUGGUGGGCUGUUGACAAAAGGUAAACAAGAUCGAGGCUCACUUAUAGACGAGUUAAUAAAUGAAUCCAAGAAACGAAAGGCGGAAAGACAAAGAAACAAGGAAGAGACUCUAGAGGCUACAGAGCAGUUGGACGAGGAUUGGAAGACUCUCGCGAUGAUGGUCACCUCAAAAGCAGAUACAGCAUCUGAAGAUGCCAGCAAUGCCCAGAAAAAAGAUGAAUAUGAUAUUGUAAUGCGGCGUUUAAAAUUCGAACCUCAAGCUCAGGCCACUCAAAGGCUUAAGACAGAUGAGGAAAUAGCCAAAGAAGAUAAAGAGCAGCUUGAAAAGCUGGAAAAAGAGAGGUUAAAACAGCUGAGAGAAAUGGAAGCCAACAAAUACGGCAAUCAUCGCAGUGCUGAUGAUCUAGAUGAUGGAUUCUCAUAUGAAGUUGAAGAUGUUAAUGAUGAUAUGAAGAAACAAAAUGAAGAAGCAGACAAUUCAGAUUCAUCUGGAGAGAGUGAUGCUGAAAUGGCUAGUGGAGAUGAUGGAGAAGAGGAGGAAGAAGAUGAUGAUGAUGGCAGUGAAGAAGGCAGUUCUGAUGAGGAAGAAGACCCAAACCCAAAAUCUAAGUUAAAAAAUGAGAAAAGCUGUAAAAAAGGAAAGGUAACAAGGCAAGAUAAACCUGAUAGUGGUGGUGAAGAAGAGAAUGGACAAAUUGAAACUACAGAUACAAUCAUUGAUGAUGUUGAUGACACUGAGAUUGCUGCAGAUGUUGAUACUGAAGCAUCAGAUGAAGAGGAAUGUGCCAUGGAUGAUCUCACUGAUCUGAUGCCUUCAGUAACUGAAGAAACCAACCAUGAUAAACAGAUUAUUGCCAAAGUUUUGGCUAAAGCUAAAUCCAUUCAGAAUAGUGAUGGAACUGAAGAAGAGAGUCAAAAGACAAAAUCAUCCAUAGAUUUAGAUCUCCCUUAUGUUUUAAAUGUGCCAGAUACGUAUGAGUCUUUCAAGGAGUUACUCGGCAGACAUACUGUUCAGCAACAAAAUGUGAUUUUCGAGCGACUGGUCAAGAGUAACCACCCUAACCUGGAGCCCGGGAACAAGAAGAAAAUGCUCAGAUUGGCCGAGUACGUGAUGGAUCUUGUAAACGAAGGAGAGGUCACUUGGGAGGCAAUUCCCACACUGGCACUACAUUUUGGUGGCAUUAAAGAGUUUAACAGAGAAGAGUGUUUAAAAAUGUUGAUGGAAAGGAUUUCAACAAGACUGGAUGACUUCUGCCAUAUUUCACCAACAGUUCCUGCCGUGAAGUCCCUUGUGUGGUACAUUUUAAUGCUGAUGAAGCCACAAGGAAUGGAAGUGUUGCUGGCUGUCAGUCGACCAGUGCUGAGCUUAGCAUGUCAGCUCAUUUCUCAUGCUGAUCCAGCAACAUCAGCAACUGUAUCCCUCCUAUGUUGCUGCCUACUGCUGCAGUGCCAGGAUCAGUCAGACAACUCAGUGGCUUCCCAAUUAUAUGUCAAGAGCUCAUCUAUACUGAUGCUAAAAGCUCUUCGCUGGUGUAUACCGAGGCAGUCGCAUUUCUACGCAGAUGUGUGCAAGUUUCCACUCUCAAAAGUGAUUCCGAUCCAGUCAGCAGUGAAACGUGCCAGAGUUCACCGAACAGCAAUAAACCAUCUCAGUCCUCCUCCAGUUGCUCAUCACAAGACAUCGUUGGAAGACCUGAGACUCCGCCUACAAGACCUGGAUGAAGAAGCAGAUUCACCUGUUGGGGACAACCAAGUGCUCUAUUGCAGUACAGUGCUGUUAGCAGGUUUUGUCAAAGUCUACAGGAAGUAUCCACAAUCAAAGGUUCUCUUCGCACCUAUUCACCAGAUUUAUAAGCAAAUCAAGGCAGAGAGGUAUCCUCCAAUCAUAAAGCAAGAAGUGGAAGGACUUCAGACCCUCCUGGAGGUGCUACAGUCUGCUCAACUCCCUCCGGUGGUGAAGACAGCAAAGAAACCUAAAGCCCUUCGGCAGUAUGAGCCUUCCUUCCACACUGUGACGGUGGGAAGGUCACAGAGAGGAAUAUCUGCAGAACAGCAGGAGGAGCAGAAGCUGCUGCACAAGUACAAGCACGAGAUGAAGGGUGCACUGCGCGAGUUGCGGCGUGACCGUGCCUUCCUCGCCAACGUCAAGAUCAAGGAGAGGACUCAAAGUGAUGAACAGAGGAUGAAGAAGGUCAGAGAGAUCCUCGGUUCAGCAGCCACCCAGCAGGGAGAACUCCGCAGUUUGAAGCGGAAAAAAUAAUUCAAACUGUUGUUGCCUGAAACAACCCUUUAUUGUUAUUUGAACGUUGUAAAUAAAAUAUUUUUAUUACAUU